AAUAUGGCGUCUGCUAGCUGGAAUCGUGAGACGAAAGCAAGGUUAAACGAGAAGAUUGGUGUUACGAUUAAUGAUUUGGGUUCACUGACAAGACAGGUUAUUCGAGGAUCCAAAUCGUCAGAGCUUUUAGCGCAGGCUGCAAAGAACUUUGCUUCACAAGAGAAUUAUAUUCACCAUUCUGCUGAGACUUUAAAGAAGAUGGACCAUAUUAAGUCACAGCUUGAAUUCCAACAAUCUGCAAUUGAAAGAAGCAUGUCCAAUUUGGAUGACGUUCAAGAUGAACUUAAAACAAUUAGACGAUGACACUGCAGCCGAUUAUUCCAAAAAACGGGAUGAGACUGUUUAUAUAUUUGUUCAGUGAUCUUCAUCCGUCGGAUACAUAGAGAAUACUACACUCGUUUUUGCUAGAUAUCACUUUUACGAAACUCAUGAACUUCCCAUGGUAUCGAACUCACUUUCGUUCCGUCAGAUACCAUGGAAAGUUCACGUUUCGUAAAAAUUAUAUCCAGCGAAAACUAGUGUUGUAUUUUAUUUAUUACCCACCUUUUAAUAAUAUAAAAUCUGACAAUAACUUCCAACAUAACUCAACGAGACAUACGAAUACACAGAGCUAAGUACAGGGAAGAUGACGUCGCUUACCAAAAUGACAAUCAUUUAGAAACUAAUACGUACCACCAGGUGCAUACAACUUUUGUAGGACACCGCUAUAUCUUCAACAGGUGGGUAAUAAAAUGCCAGCUGAAUUAGUUCACUUGUCAGUUGAGUUACAUUGAAGUGGAGAUGUUACAUGUAUCCAUUCAGGCUCUGAGCCCAAAAAUGGCAAAUUUGAACAACUCUAAAAGUUAUGCUUGGAUUCUACAGAACAAUUCAAGUGUGCUUAUGUCUGUAUUGAGUUAAUGGCACAAACUACAAUUAUUUAUUUGAUAAUUAUAUAUUAAUUUUUACAUUUAUUAUAGAUUCAUUAACACUUCUUUUUUUAAUGUAUCGAAUGUCAGAUUGUUUGGAGGUGGACAGGUGGAGUGUGAAUGAAGUAUGUUGUUUUAGUGAUAUAAUUGUUGAAUUUGUAAUAUUAAUAAUUGUUUGUAAAAUUCAUUCUAUUAUUGUCUUGACUUGAUGAAGUCGGAAAGUGAAACAGCAGUGUUUGUCAUAUCAGCUUUGUGCUUAUUUCAGCAUUACAUCAUGAAACUUUUGUCAAUUAAUUGCUAAACAUGUGGAUGUUCUUCUUAAUGCAUGUUAAAAAAAGAACUUUAUUUUUUUUAAAUAUCACUAAACUGUUACCAUAUGGGGUUAUAGCAGGCAGUACUUUAUUAAUGGUUGAAGGGGCGGGACGUAGUCCAGUGGUGAAGCACUCGCUUGAUGCACGGUUGGUCUGGGAUCGAUCCCUGUCGGUGAGCCCAUUGGGCUAUUUCUCAUUCCAGCCAGUGCACGACGACUGGUAUAU